UCUCUCUCUCUCUCUCUCUCGUGUUUUAUCUCGUACUGACAGCAGCUAGUUAUCUAUGAGCUACUUGCCUACUGGUUUAAGAGGCUUCCAGUAGCAACAGUUCAGCUAAGGCUGCAGUAUGUAGUCUGAUAGCUGCCAGUGUUUUUUUUCUUCUUUGUAUUUUUCUGCUCCAGCGCCUGCUGUUUUUCUGCACCAGCUCUAAAAGUAGCUUACAAGCCUGGCCUUAUCUUGAUUUUAUUUACUUUGCGCAUGUGAGUUUAAGGCUUGGUUUUCGUGUUUUAUUAUGUAACGUUAAUUGUUCAGUUAUGCAUCCGUUUGUACCACAGAAAAGUAUCAGCAGUGCCAGUAGUUGCAGUGCAUCACCUGGUAGGAGCACUGCCACUGCCCCCAUCCCCAAGUCUAUUUCCCCCUUCCCUCGGAGCAUCAUUAGUGUAGCCAUGGUGGACGUGAGCAAAUGGCCUCUCUUCACCCUGAUGAGCGCUCAGGAGAUCGCCUCUGUAAGGCAAGCGUGUGUCUUUGGAACGUCCGCCAAUGAGGCCAUCUAUAUCACCCAUGAUGAUGAGGUAUAUGUGUUUGGGCUGAACUGCAGUAACUGUUUGGGGACAGGGGACAGUCAGAGUACUAUUGUGCCCAGGAAACUGGACGGCUUGAGUGGGAAGAAGGUGGUCAGUCUCAGUUAUGGCAGUGGGCCACACGUGCUUCUCGCUACAGAGGAGGGGGAUAUGUAUGCAUGGGGACACAAUGGCUACAGUCAGCUGGGAAAUGGAACAACCAAUCAGGGAGUGUGUCCAGUGCUUGUGUCCACUAACCUGCAGAACAAGAGGGUUAUUGAGGUCGCCUGUGGGUCUCACCACUCACUUGCCCUGACCCACGAUGGGGAGGUGUUCGCCUGGGGCUAUAAUAACUGUGGUCAAGUUGGUUCGGGCUCCACUGCGAACCAGCCCACGCCACGAAAAGUUUCCAACUGCCUCCAGAACAAAGCUGUGGUCAGCAUAGCCUGCGGGCAGACCUCCUCCAUGGCUGUGUCAGACAACGGGGAGGUGUAUGGUUGGGGCUAUAAUGGUAAUGGACAGCUUGGCUUGGGGAACAACGGGAAUCAGUUGACUCCAUGCCGUCUAGCAGCACUACAGGGUCUGUGUGUUCUACAGAUUGCUUCUGGUUACGCCCACUCACUGGCACUAACUGACGAGGGACUUCUGUACGCGUGGGGAGCAAAUACUUAUGGUCAGCUUGGUACCGGCAACAAAAGCAACCAGCUGAGCCCUGUUCAGGUUAUGGCAGAGAAGGAGAGAAUUGUGGAGAUAGCCGCCUGCCACUCUACACACACCUCUGCAGCGAAGACCCAGAGCGGCCAGGUGUACAUGUGGGGUCAGUGCAGAGGUCAAUCCAUUGUCCUUCCUCACCUCACACACUUCUCCUGCACAGACGACGUCUUCGCCUGCUUCGCCACGCCCUCGGUCAUGUGGAGGCUGCUGUCAAUGGAGCAUGAUGACUUCCUGACAGUGGCCCAGUCUCUGAAAAAAGAGUUUGACAGCCCUGAAACCUCAGAUCUCAAGUUCAGCGUAGAUGGCAAAUUCAUUCACGUCCACAAAGCAGUGCUCAAAAUCAGGUGUGAGCACUUCCGGUCCAUGUUUCAGUCCCACUGGAAUGAAGAUAUGAAAGAGGUCAUAGAGAUCGAUCAGUUCUCUUACCCUGUCUAUCGCUCCUUCCUUGAGUUCCUCUACACAGACACUGUAGAUCUUCCACCAGAGGAUGCAAUUGGACUGCUGGACCUGGCAACCUCAUACUGUGAGAACAGGCUAAAGCGACUGUGUCAGCACAUCAUAAAGCGAGGCAUCACUGUGGAGAACGCCUUCUCGCUGCUGUCUGCUGCAGUCAGAUAUGAUGCUGAGGAUCUGGAAGAGUUCUGUUUCAAGUUCUGUGUGAACCACCUGACUGAGGUCACACAGACGGCAGCGUUCUGGCAGAUCGACGGGAACAUGCUGAAGGAGUUUAUCUGCAGAGCCAGCCGCUGCGGAGCCUUUAAAAACUGACCCAGUGGCCUGACGCAGAGGCGCAUAAGCCUAGGAGACCAUCUGUUACUGCAGGCAGUCAUCCAAACCACUAGAGGGCGCUACUGUUACUGAUUGCAGGUGGUGAGUUUGCAAGCCAGGAGGCUCUGCUGAAUGAACUCUACCAUGAAUCUGCAAUACAUGCUUAGACCAAGAAGAUUUUGAGUCAUUCCAGUGAUGACCAGUGUGGAUUUCUACAGAUUUCUAUGGAUCUGUAGGCACAUUUAAGAAGUUUAAGUUUAAGUUGUGUGCAGGUUUUAGGACUUCUAGAACAUAAAUAUCAGGACUUAUAUUUGUCCACAAAGGUUAUCAUCAUUGGCUUUUGAUAUCAACUGUGAUCUGUAGGUCAUGCUUUAAAGCACAUAUGUUACAGUUACUGUUACAGGUGACUAAUCUCAGUGUUACUCAUAAAUGAGUUUAGCCACGGAGCUGAUCUUCCCACUAAACCCAGUGUCAUUCACUAUUUCAAUUUAUGCUACGAACUUAUAUUGGACAGAUUAUAAUACUUAAAGCAGCAGUCCCUAAGUUUUUAUCUUUGUAAUUGUAAGAAGUAGUAUUGCUCAAUUCAGAGGGGUCAGAAUAUUCAAAUUAAUGGUAUCUUUUCCCUGGCAUUCUUAAAACAUCUAGAAUUUGGUCUGGUAAGUUCGUUGGACGUAUAUGUCUCUGCAUUUUGAACCAAGAAUAUAAUUAAAAAUACAAUAUUUUCAUCAGCAAUUUACAUUACAUCACAUUUACCUGUAUUAGAAGUGUUGCAUUACUCUAUUGUAGGCUCUGUGCAAUUACACAUUCUCACCAGAGAGGUCUCCAUAUCCCCAAAUCUUCAAAACUCAUGGACUGCUUCUUUAUGUUACAUCCUAAGGCUGCUGCUGUUUGCUUUAAGGUGAUAAAUAUAGGUGUUUGGAUUAUACAGCUUUGCUGUGCAUCAUUGAAUGUGUCAGUUUCUACUCUUUUACUUCUUCUAAUCAUAUCUCAUCGGACAGUGUUUGAAAAAAGGGGGGGGGGUUUACUGGGAUAUAAUGAGUUACACAAUAUUUUAGUUUAGUGCAGUGCAUGUGUUUAUAUGGAUAUAUUAAAUGGAGCAGUUGCAAAUGUUAGUUUGUAAGUAUUCUGGCUUUUUAAAAUAAGUAACCUUCUCAACAUGGCUUAUCAAAAACAGAUUUUGCUCCAGAACUGCCAGUGACAGUCGUAAAGUUUUACUGCUUGACCAUUCCUGAGGUAAAAAAAUAAACACUUUAUUUUCACUACUGCACUUUCCUUAGAUUUUGUUAUUAUAAUAAUGUAAUCAUUAUAUUACAUUAUUAUUGUUUACUUGGUAGUUAUUUUUGAAAAAUGUCACUAAAGACUCACCACUAAGGCACUGUUUACACAUAUUUGGAUUUUUUUCUUUUUGUCUGUUUUUGCCCCUUAUCCACACAAGAAAAACAUUUUUCAUAUAUUGUAAUUUGGAUGGGUAAAAUAGAGCUUUAUGAAAAUGCUGACGUCAGUCACCAUGCACGCAUGUUUCUGGCUGAAUCUCACACACCACUCCAUAUGUAGUGAAUUACAUGCAUUAUGAAAGUAGUAGAUUCUAAAGUUAGAUUUUCACAUACAUGUAAUAAUUAGUGCAAGUACUUUUCUGUUACAGAUAUAUAAUGCUCUAUUUUGGUUUAGAAUCUGUAAUUUUUUUGCUUGCAUAGAACACUAUAUUGUAAUUUGGGAUUUAACCGCUGUUUUCUUCCUUCUUCAUGGUGUGUCUUUAUGAGGUACUAUCACUCCAUACAAGGCUAGUAUACUCAUGCAAUUGUUUUCUGAUUUUUUUUUUUUUAUCUGGAUAUGUGUGGAAAUAGCCUGGUAGUUGCUGGUUCCCAACCAUGGUCCUGGAAGCCCACAGGUUAGGAUUUGCACUGUUCUCAGGGCUUUUGAGGUUUGUCAGACGCUUUGAAGCAGAGAUGUAUCAUUCCAAUUCACUAUUCACAUUCCAUCAAUUAAAUUAUCUUAUUUCUGGGAGAGUUUUAAGUAAACCAGUCCAGGCUCAUUACAAGCUCUCUCUUCUGAGUCAACAUUGGCAGUCCAGGACCAGUGAUGGGCCCAAAUAAUAAGAAAGUCCAAAACUUCACAAUAUAAUAUCAACAGGGAAUCCAGUUAGACAGAACAUUUUGUGUUGAAGCUCAUCUGCCUCUAAUCACUAUUCUACAGGUCAGUAGAGGCUUGUUUAAGUUGUACUGUAUGUAGUUACACAGCACUAGAAAGUUUGAACCUUGUUCAGUUGUCAUUUUUUGAUGAAGUUUACACUCUGAUGUAUUUUUGAUUGUCCGCGUGUAGAAGCGAAGUAUGUGGAAUGUAUAUAUUGUAUAGUUUUGCACUAUAUUUGAGAUGUGAUUUAUUUACCUAAGAGUGCUACAACAUUAAGUAAGAUGUUAUGAUAAAAAUAAUAAAGCUUUUCUGUACUGUUUGGGUAAA